CAACGGCGCGCCGGAGGUACGCCCCAGGACCGCCCGGGCGGGCAGUCGUAGCGCCGACACCACAGCGACAGGACAGGACCGAGAGGAUACAGUUUCAUCUGACCGAAGCGCAAGCAGCCAGCCAUCACCAUGGUGUACGAGUCCGACUUCUACACGACCCGCCGGCCGUACUCCCGACCCAGCCCUUCCAUCACCUCGUACUCCGUGACGCCGCGCCGCAUGCGCUGCUGUCUCUCAAUGUCUCGGACAGUAUCUUUCAUCUUUUGCUGAAUUCUCUGCAAAGCGCGGCUGACUUGAAACAAAAAAAAAGUCUACCGAUGUUUCUGUGAAAUCACAAAUUAUUUUUCUAUUCUCUUAUUCGUAACUCGCGAGUGGAUGGCGGCGGGAAGUCCUGUCCCCUAAUCCUUUGACCAGUAUUCGUGGUUUCCCUACCUUCCAGUCUUCUUGUCCUUGUAGGCGUUAAUUUGUGUUUGCAUUGGAAAUUUGAAUGUGAAGCGAUUAUCAUGAAUAUGGUUUGUCCAUAAAUCUUUAUUUUGUAUUGGAACUUUUUUGUAUGUACAUUUAUGAGUGUGGCAUUUAAUAACUUCUGUAAUAUUGCGUUUUUUUGCUUUUAAUUAUUUCCAUUGGUGUGCGCGCACCCGAGCUAAUUAGUCUAGGAACUAAUGUACUAAGAGAAAUGUAUUGAAUGAAAUAAAAUAUUAUCAAGUCCUUGUAUUGGAAACGUAAA